UAUGUCUGCCAGAGAGGAGAAUGGCUGGGAGGGUUGCUAGGCUGGGUGAAGCGCAGGUCCUUGAGAAACUUCGGGAGCGCAACGGCCACCACCGCGUGUAUGUGUGGCGUCUCUCGCGAUCCCCUGCAUUCCCGCCCUACGGCAGUAGUUCUGGCCAUGAUUCCGAGCAGGGACAAGGCCCAGGAGCCCUCACUCUAACCACGAAGCUCUGUGGCCGACACCGCAGCAGUGCACAACCACGUCAGGGGACGAGUUGGGGUUAGACUGCGUGAAACCGGGACCGCAAAGUUCCUGUGCGGAACAGGGGCCGUUAAUGCGGCAGAUGCAUUCCACCUCAGUCCCUCCCUUUCUGACUCUUCCCCUCUCUGCGAGCCAACGUGCGUGUUCUCUCUCUCUCUCUCUCUCUCUCUCUCUCUCUUACGGAAGGAGCUCGGUGCCCCUAUCAUUCUACAGAACCUGGGAACCGGCAUGGCGAUUUUGUCAUUUCUCCUACAUACUAUUAUCGUUCGGGCCGUUGGAGCUGUGUUUGACGACCUGGUGAUUAAGAAGAACUGUUCGGAGCUGAGGAAGGGAGAGCGGUACCACAUCGCGACUGCAGAGAUACUGGGGUGGAGUCCAGACUCUUGCGAUCAGGAGUGGAACCUGCAGAACCACACUGUUGUGGGUUUCAUCCAGAACACAGAAAAAAGUCCAAGUGUCUACUCUCCCAUGGUGUCACUAACAAAGCAGGAGGCACAGCUGGAAUCCUGUGUCAAUGUCACCAUCACCCUGCACUGUCACAAGGUGCUCCACAUAACAUUUGUAGUUUACCCUGAUGAAACAACGGAAGAAAAAACAUCACUGAGCCUUUUCAUAAUAGUGGCCCUUCCUGUGGUGCUGCUGCUGCUGCUGCUGCUAUCUGCUAUAGUUUUCAGAAGUUGCCAGAGGAAGGACCUUACACACUUGAGGCUGGCACCAUGGUGCUGUCUCAGUCCCAGCCUCCAAAUGCUUGAGAGGCCCAGCUGCCAGGUUCCAGAUGUGUGCAUCAGUCCCCCUCAACCAGCUGUUAGAUGGUGUCAGAGAGAGGAAUUUUAUCUAACCCAAGCAGUUUGACAAUGUAACAGAUCACUUAUGAUUGGUCCUCUACAUUUGUUUUCCCCAUCUUACAAAAGUAACAGUCAGACUCACCCACACA